AGUGAAAGGUUACGAAUGGACGUUUUUGCAGAAAAACGUGGAUUUUGGAGAACGAGGUAGGUGGGUUUAAAUAUGUCGUCAGUCCUUCCUUCCUUCCUUCCGUUAGUUACCAUGUCAACUAGCGCUCAGUGCAGCGCGCAAGUAUUGCUUGCGGAGAUGUAAUGUAUACAUAGCUAAUGAAUGCGCGGCGCGAGUGUAUUUUAAUGUAUACUUAUUAGGUAAUAACUUAAUAAGCCCAAUUUGUACGUGGCAUGCGUAGUAUAAUAAGAUAAUAGUGUACUGAUAUGAUGUGUAUCAAUAUUAUUACUGUGAAGUGAGCUGAUUAGAGCCUAUUUUUAUAGUUAUAGUGAAUGGAAAUCUAGCGUCCGCCAAAACGAAACAACGGGCGCAAUUCUUGUUACUUUUAAAUAGGGUAAUUGUGAUAUUAUCUAUAUAUUGUUUGAAUACAACAAACAAGAUACAAGGGCAGGUCUCUCCCGAACGUUGGGAUGGCCUGAGGUGCUUAUCUCCUUUUCAGUAACCCUAAGCCACUCUAUGCCUAGGCACUAUACUAGCUGUAGGGGGGUUAGUCCUAUGAGACAGAGAGUGUGUAUCACCAGCCGAAGCUGUACCAAAUCACAGCUUGGUAACUGGCCGACUUGCAUCCGACCGGAUUUGAACUCGGGUCUUCUGCUUGGGAGUUGGGAGGCGAUCGUGUUACCACUACACCACCCGGCCGACUACUAUCUAUUAUACUACAUGAAACGGUAUAUAUAAUAGAGAGGUUCACUUUAUCCCAAUCCUCACUAUCUGCAGCCUUCCAAGUAACAUGUCAAGCGUCUUAUACAUUAUAUUUGAUUGACGAUGUCGCAGAGCAAUGAUCUUGUCUUCAAUGCGAAGCAAGAAUGAUUGUUCGCUCGGCACGUCAAAGCGGCAAAGUCCUCCAAACAUUAUAUGAGCCAUUUGGGCCAUAAAAAUAUAUAUCAUAUUAUCACUUAUAUAAUAGACAGUGCAGAAGUCAUACUGAAGAAUAUUCAUUGAAUAAGUAUUUCAUAUUUACAGUAAAACAAAAUCUUUUGACAGGACCCCUCCCAUGUAACCAUCAAUCACAGAUUUCCUGAUCAUUCAGCUGAUUAGAUUUGAGAAGUUUGCAUACAAGUCCUUACCGCAUCCUCUGGGAAUGAUGACAUAAACUGGUCUUGGACCAGUUACAACCUACCAAUUAAGAGUCCCUUUAAGCAACCACUGCACCAACAAAGCCCUUAAGCUACCUAAAACAAUUGUAAACUUCUAAUAUGUUUGCCAUAGGUUCACGAGAAGCUCUGACCAAUUGCAAGAUAGAAAAGUGAAACAUAAUUAAGCUCAAUUUCACCAUACACAGGGUGGAAAAAUGUUAUCCUCUGAUCCUCUGAACACACAAAUGAAUUUAGUGAUAAUAUUACGACGUUUUUGGAUAAAAAACUCACUCAGAUUCUCAAUUAAACAGAACUCCUUAAAAAACUGAACAAUUUCAGGAAAAAUGGCCGCUGAUGUCCGUGCAAGACAGAUUGAUGCAGUGAAACACAUGCUCAACCUGAACUCUCCCAAAUCAAACAGCACAUGGAAAAUCCUUGUGUUUGAUGAGUAUGGUCGAGAUAUAAUUGCCCCGCUUCUAACAGUAAAGGAGCUAAGGGAAUGUGGGGUUACUCUAAACCUGCUUGUAGCAGACAAACGAGACCCAAUCCCCGAUGUCCCAGUUGUGUACUUUGUGAUGCCCACAAAACAGAACAUUGAUCUGAUCAGUCAGGACUGCAAAAAUCAGAUGUAUGAGAAAUUUUACAUCAAUUUCAUCACAGCUGUUUCUCGGCAGUUGUUGGAGGACUUAGCUCAGGCCACUAUUGAGAGUGACACAGUGGCAAGAGUUGAGAAGAUUUUUGAUCAAUAUCUUAGUUUUUGUAUGCUGGAGCAGAAUUUGUUUACUGUUUCAGCCUACGAUGCAGAAGCUUGCAGCUAUUAUGCUUUGAACAGACCUGAUGCUAAAGAUUCAGAUAUAGAAAAUUGUAUCAAUGCAAUUACUGAUUCAGUUUUUUCACUGUUUGUCACUCUUCGAGAGCUGCCUGUGAUAAGGUGUCCUAAGGGUAAUGCAGCAGAAAUAGUUGCUGAACGGUUAGAGAAGAAAAUGAGGGAUGCUAGAAGAGAUCCUAAAUCAGAACUGUUUAAAGACCAAGCAAUAACAAGUUUCCAGCGGCCCUUGCUGAUACUCUUAGAUCGAAACAUGGACAUCUGUUCUACCUUACAUCACACAUGGACAUACCAAGCCCUGAUACAUGACUUGUUUAAUUUGUACUUGAACCGUUGUAAGGUUGAGGUGGAGGAGAAAGUUAAAAACUAUGAUCUGGGACCAGAUGACUCGUUCUGGGCGAAAAAUAAAGGGAAGCCGUUUCCGGAAGUAGCUGAUGCAGUGCAUGUGGAGCUAGAAGCUUGCAGAGCUGCAGAGCAGGAGAUUAAGAGGCUGAAAGAUGUUAUGGGAGGCGGUGAUGAGAAUGCUAACGAUCAGAUAGCUAACACUGUGUCUUCUUUGCCAGAGUUGAUGGAGCGGAAGAAAAGAGUAGAUAUGCACAUCAACAUAGCAACCGCUCUGUCGGACUGUAUACGAUCCAGGAACCUCGACAAGUUCUUUGAAGUAGAGGAGAAGAUCAUGACAAAAACAACUCUCGAGGAAAGUGUCCUUGAUACGCUGAAGAACCCAAACGUAGGAACAGCAGAGGACAAACUGAGACUAUUUGUAAUUUACUACCUAAGUACCUCUGAUCUUCCUGACAACGAGUUACAGCAGUAUAUCGAUACUCUUCAGGAAGCAGGGUGUGACACGUCGUGUAUCGAGUACCUGGCCAAGCUGAAGAGUGUAUCCUCGCUAAGUGCCCCUCCUCAGCCAAAACUAACGUCAUCAACUGGAGGUUACAGCAGCAUGUCCAACAUGUUCAAGUACGUCAAGAAUUCCUCCAAGUUCAUGAUGGAAGGAGUAAAGAGUCUGGUGGUGGGACACAGGAAACUGCCCGUAACCCGGACUGUGGACUGUCUCUCCGAGCUGAAGCAGACUCCGGAGACUGAUAGUUUCCUGGCGCUGGAUCCUAAGAUAUAUAGGAAGAGUGAGAACCUUCUGCCGGCCCUCAAGAACACUUUUAACGAUGUUUACGUAUUCGUGGUGGGCGGUGGUAGUUACGUUGAAUACCAAAACCUCAUGACGUACGCAGAACAACAUCCCGACAAACGUAUCGUGUACGGCAGCUCGGAGAUGAUGGACAGCAGCAACUUUCUGGAGCAACUGACUAAGUUGGGCGGCGCCAGCAGUUAAAGUUGGCAUUAGACUGAUAUUUUGACGUGAUGGUUUGUGGGGAGAUGAUGCACGUGGAUCUGUGGACUUUUUAGUCGCGUUACAUGAUGGAGAGAUUUAGGUUCAAACGUUUAGCAGUUUGUGGACACGUACUCUGAUUUUUGUUUCAGAAUACUGGGGUGCAGUCCCCAACUGAGUAUGAUUUUGGUUGAUGGCGGAAGUGUUGCCGAGAGCGAGGAUAUUACGGUUUUUCAGUGACUGAAUACUUCAUCAGCGAUUUAUUUGAUUUAAUAUGUUGUUUAGCUAAGGAUAAAGGAUGUUAUCGUGAUUCAAUAAUGAUUAUUUUGUCCUAGUAAUUAGUAUUGUUCGAUUAUAUCAUCUUUCUAUAAACACUGUAUUUUUGAAGGUACAUUUUUAAGGUUCUAAAAUAACUCUAAGUUGAUUAGUUAGUUACCAUCCAUUAAAAUACACAAGUUUGUGCACAUUUAAGUUCGACUCAACUUAAUUCCUCUUAUGCUUGGGUGAAUAAUGUGCUGGUAACAUAAUUCUAUAUUUAUUAGAUAUGGCGAAUAAUUAACAAUUAAGAUAUGUCCAAUCAGAUUCCGCUGGCUGUUUUGUUAUUUUAUGAUCGAAUAGUUGGUUUUUUACCAUAAGUAAAUCGAGACUCUUACCACUUAAAGAUUUAUCAGCAACAUUUUUGAAGAAAUUUGUAAAUUCUUUAAUUGUAAGAUAGUGCAUGAUUGUCAUUUAUUUCUUUGACAGGGUGAUAAUAUGGUAAUUUGAAUUUUGAAAUAAUUUGCUGCCUUGUUUGAAUCGUGGAAUUGCGAUUGCUUCCAAUUAUGACUUUUCAUUUCUCCGAUACGAUACAAAUUGUAAGAUAAUAUCCCUUAAAGUUCCCAUAAAAGUUCUUUUAUCUGCUACCAAAACCAACGGAGAGAUUUUAUAGCGGUUUAAGGUUUGGAGUUUCUGUGGAGCGAGAUCAUUUUUUGCCAUCGAUAAGAUUAUAGAAAAUUUAGGACACCAUAUUACUGAAAGUCAUGUGUUAUUUCGCCCUGGAUAAAUCUCUUGAAUUUAAGGUAAUCUUAAACAACGCCCCACUUACUCAUCUUAAGGUAAUUUAUCAUUAAAUAAAUAUUUUACAUAUUAAUCCGGCUUCAUUAUCAAAAUAUCAAAAUGUUUGGGGACUAUAAUUUUCUGUAUAACGUUCAAUUUAAUGGCAGACCAUUAACUUAAGAGGAUAACAUGUUAAAGAUAAGAAGAAUUAAAACAUUUUAGUUUUGAUGUAUAAAAAUCAAUGGAACUUAGAAUAACAUUACCACAAUGAUAAAUCUGAUUCACGAAAUUGAGAAAUUGAAUUUACAGUAAAAUUAAAACCAAAACUAGAACUCCACAAACAUUUAAAGAACUUAACACUACAGCUCCGUUAUUUUUUCGGCAACUUUCUACCGUUAGUAG